AUGGAGCUCAAGUUCUCCACCUUCCUCUCCCUAACCCUACUCUUCUCCUCCGUCCUAAACCCCGCUCUCUCCGAUCUCUGCAACCCCGACGACAAAAAAGUCCUCCUGCAAAUCAAGAAAGCCUUCGGCGACCCCUACGUCUUGACCUCAUGGAAAUCAGACACUGACUGUUGUGAUUGGUACUGCGUCACCUGUGACUCCACCACAAACCGCAUCAACUCCCUCACCAUCUUCGCCGGCCAGGUCUCCGGCCAAAUCCCCGCCCUAGUCGGAGACUUACCGUACCUUGAAACCCUUGAAUUCCACAAGCAACCCAAUCUCACUGGCCCAAUCCAACCCGCCAUUGCCAAGCUCAAAGGACUCAAGAGUCUCAGGCUCAGCUGGACCAACCUCUCAGGCUCUGUCCCUGACUUCCUCAGCCAACUCAAGAACCUCACAUUCCUCGACCUCUCCUUCAACAACCUCACCGGCGCCAUCCCCAGCUCGCUUUCUCAGCUCCCAAACCUCAACGCUCUUCAUCUAGACCGCAAUAAGCUCACAGGUCAUAUUCCGAUAUCGCUUGGGCAGUUCAUUGGCAACGUUCCAGACCUGUAUCUCUCCCACAACCAGCUCUCUGGCAACAUUCCAACCUCAUUCGCCCAGAUGGACUUCGGCAGCAUAGACUUAUCACGGAACAAGCUCGAAGGUGACGCAUCCGUGAUAUUUGGGCUGAACAAGACAACGCAGAUUGUGGAUCUGUCCAGGAACUUGCUGGAAUUUAAUCUGUCAAAGGUGGAGUUUCCGACAAGCUUGACCUCGCUGGAUAUCAACCACAAUAAGAUCUACGGGAGUAUCCCAGUGGAGUUUACCCAACUGAAUUUCCAGUUCCUGAACGUGAGCUACAACAGGCUGUGUGGUCAGAUUCCGGUGGGUGGAAAGUUGCAGAGCUUCGACGAGUAUUCUUAUUUCCAUAACCGAUGCUUGUGCGGUGCUCCACUCCCAAGCUGCAAGUAA